AUGAAAUUUCAAAACCAACCUUUAAUAUGUGCAGUGACAACAGCGUUGUUACUGUUAUCAGCUACAACACCAGAAGUGACCGCCCAAAAAUCAUGGUGCGGUAAACCAUAUGUCCCGAGAAAACAAGCUCGAGACUUUUCCCCCAAUCUCUCACCUUAUAAGAGAAAUCCAUUUUUACCACGAGAUCUUCUCGAAAGAGAUGCUACGACGUCGAAUGCCACUACUUCAGCUUCUGGAAAUUCUGGAACGAUCGUUUUACCCGUGCAAAACAAUCCACUUCCUACUGUUCCAGACUUGGCAAAAGGGUAUGCAGCGAUGGCUAGAUUCCAACCGUAUCUUGACUCGGAUUCGAAUGGUUCAAUUGUGCUGAAUGUGGUAAAUCCGAAUGGACCUAUUUCUGUGCAAAUUGCAAAUGAAGAUGGAAGUGAACUGCUGGCAAAAACUUCUGUUAAUGUUAAAGAUAUGGCUGUGGAAGUGCCAUUCCCGAUUAGUAAAUUGGCACCGAGAACGAAUGCUUAUAAUUUGAAAGUGUCUAUAUUUUCAGGAAGUGGAAGUUCCCCAGCCUCGCAAAUUAUUGUCAAGUUAUAUCGUCUUCCUUCUGGUCAAAAAACUGUCAAGAUUGACCGUCUUUAUGGUGGAAUAAUUACCGCUACAGGCGAUACCAUCUUCCCAGUUGGACCAUAUGUUGACUUUGGUUGGUUGGGUGGCGGUGCCGGUGUUGCCGCUAAUCUAAAGACACUCAAAGGACUUGGUUACAAUGUCAUCAACCCCGAUCCAACCUAUACCGAUCUUUCGGUAGUUGAUCAAAUGUUCCAAGCAGCCGACCAACUUGGCGGAAUUUAUAUUCAACUCUCAUUCCGUUAUUCAUUCACUAAUAUCCAACAAGUCGUGUCGCAAGUGAAUCAAUUCAAGAAAUAUAACAGUUUGCUGACUUGGUAUACUGCUGAUGAGCCCGAUGGUGAACAAUGGACUGAUAGUUCAGCUGAAUUGAAAGCUUAUAAUGCUAUUAAAGCCGCUGAUCCAUACCAUCCAGUUGCACUCGUACUUAAUUGUGAGCACACUGCGGCAUUCUACGCUGAUACCACCGAUAUCUUAUCAACUGAUGUUUACCCAAUUGGUGUUGAUAUGUCACAUUGUACUCCAACCAACGAUGUGUGCGGUUGUGACAAUUGUCUUGGUAGUGCAACGCUUGAUGUACCCCAACGUACAGGUGUAUUCAUGAAAGAUUUAACUCUUAUUGGUCGGCAAUCAAUUAAUCAAUGGAUGGUAUUACAAGCUUUCUCUGAUCCUCCAACAUGGUGGUCAAGAAUGCCAACUGUCCAAGAAUUCCGAGUAAUGUCUUAUAUUUCUAUAAUCUACGGCUACAAAUCAAUCAUGUUCUGGAAAUAUCCAUUCACCCCCGACAACUCGCUACAAGCCCAAAUCACCCAAUUAUCAGUGAAUGGCGAUGCCUCGAACAAAGACAGUUUCAAUGUCGCUGUUAAAGAUUUGCAAGGUUCUGGUUCGAUGCAAGGCAAUGGAACUACCGAUUCUGCUGGUAAAUCAACUGUCACCAUGCAAAAUGGCGCUUUGUCUGGUAAUUUGAAUGCCUAUGAAGUGGGCGUCUAUACUUUCGGUAAUCUACCUGCAAAUAUUGCCACCAAUUCCACCACUAAUUCAACAUCGUCUGCUUCGUCUUCGGUUAGUCAUCCUUUUGCUGCAUAUAUUAUUGUUGGACUUGGAAUAUUCUCAUCUUUAUUGUAA